AUGAUGGCUCCAUCAGCAGCACAGACCGAAGAAGGGGACUUUAAGGUACUAAGUCUCAAGAAUUAUAAAGACCUUGACACGACCACCUUUGAGCAAAUUCUAGAAAUGGACGAUGACGAUGACAGGGAGUUCAGCCGGGGUUUAGUAUACAGCUUCUUCAAACAAGCAGAAACCACCUUCGUGAAGAUGGAGUCAGCCCUCUCUGAGAAAGAUCUUUCCGAGCUGUCUGAGCUAGGCCACUUUCUCAAGGGCUCAUCGGCCACCCUGGGCCUGACCAAGGUCAAGGAUGCGUGCGAGAAGAUCCAGAACUACGGCCAACAGAAAGACGAAUCUGGAAUCAACCCCGAGCCCGACAAGAACAGGUCUCUGGCCAACAUCAAGAAAGCCUUGGUGGACGUAAAGCACGACUACAAAGAAGUUGUUAAAGUUCUCAAGAACUUUUACGGAGAUUCGGAUGCGGCUGAAUAA